CCCUGGGCUCCUGCUGCAUUAAGGGCUUGCUCUGCCGUGUGUUUCUACUUCCUUGUCUUCCGAGCUGUAUCCGGGUCGUUGCUUUCCCUAUUGUCUCAGGCAAUCGGUCUUGGACUGUGCAAAUUCUGGGUCUUUUGUUGCUUCUGGUGCAGGCUAAUAAAGUUUUUCUUUCUUUUUCUUUUUUUUUCUAACCGUUAUAACGAGGGAGUUAACUCCCCAGGGCUGCCAGGUUGGCGGCGCUGCCUGGACCGGAGGGCGCCCGCGCCCGGGGAGCGCCGGGGAAGCUCGAGCUUCUGGGGCCGGUUCCGCGAGGACUAAGGGGCGGGUCAGGGGGUGGGGUGCGCGAAGGGACCGCCGGGCUGCACCUGGGACGCCCCAUCCGCUCGGCGGCACCGCCGAUUUUAAAUAGCAUCUUCCGACUGGGUCCCGCGGUCUCAGCCCCAGACCUCGGCGCUGCCUGGGCUCCCGCAGCCUCUCCCUAGGUCUCCCAACGACCGCCGCACGGAUUCCUUAUGGAUCGCAGCUCCAAGAGGAGGCAGGUGAAGCCUUUGGCAGCUUCUCUGCUAGAAGCUCUCGAUUAUGAUAGUUCAGAUGACAGUGAUUUUAAAGUUGGAGAUGCCUCAGAUUCUGAAGGGAGUGGUAAUGGAAGUGAAGACCCCUCAAAGGACAGUGGAGAAGGUUCCUGUAGUGAUUCUGAAGAAAAUAUUUUAGAGGAAGAACUAAAUGAAGAUAUUAAAGUAAAAGAAGAACCACUUAAAAAUUCUGCAGAGGAGGAAAUACUGUCAUCAGAAAAACAGUUAAUUAAAAUGGAAAAGAAGGAAGAAGAAAAUGGAGAAAGACCUAGAAAGAAAAAGGACAAAGAGAAGGAAAAAGAGAAGGAGAAAGAAAAAGAGAAGGAGAGAGAGAAGGAGAAAGAAAAAGCAACAGUAUCUGAUAAUGUGGCUGCUUCUGCUGCUGCCACCGCACCAGCCACAAGUCCUCCUGCUGUUAACGCAUCUCCUUCAGUCCCUACUACAACUACUACAGAGGAACAAGUCAGUGAGCCAAAAAAGUGGAACCUUCGUCGAAAUCGACCACUUUUGGAUUUUGUGUCCAUGGAAGAAUUGAAUGACAUGGAUGACUAUGACAGUGAAGAUGACAAUGAUUGGCGGCCUACUGCAGUAAAGAGAAAGGGGAGAUCUGCAUCUCAGAAAGAAGGAAGUGAUGGAGACAAUGAGGAUGAUGAAGAUGAGGGGAGUGGGAGUGAGGAGGAUGAGAAUGAUGAAGGCAAUGAAGAAGAUCAUAGCAGCCCUGCCAGUGAAGGGGGUUGCAAGAAGAAGAAGAGUAAAGUUCUUAGCAGAAACAGUGCUGAUGAUGAGGAACUGACCAAUGAUAGCCUGACACUAUCUCAGAGCAAGAGUAAUGAGGACUCGCUGAUUCUUGAGAAGAGUCAAAACUGGAGUUCUCAAAAAAUGGACCAUAUUAUGAUUUGCUGUGUUUGUCUUGGAGAUAAUAGCGAAGAUGCUGAUGAAAUAAUUCAGUGUGACAAUUGUGGCAUUACAGUUCAUGAAGGUUGCUAUGGAGUUGAUGGAGAGAGUGACUCGAUUAUGAGUUCAGCUUCUGAAAACUCCACUGAACCUUGGUUUUGCGAUGCCUGUAAAUGUGGUGUUUCCCCUAGCUGUGAACUGUGUCCUAAUCAGGAUGGAAUUUUCAAGGAGACAGAUGCUGGAAGAUGGGUUCACAUUGUUUGUGCCCUUUAUGUUCCUGGAGUAGCAUUUGGAGAUAUUGACAAAUUACGACCAGUAACACUAACCGAAAUGAAUUAUUCCAAAUAUGGUGCCAAGGAGUGUAGCUUCUGUGAAGACCCUCGUUUUGCUAGAACUGGAGUUUGCAUUAGCUGUGAUGCAGGGAUGUGCAGAGCCUAUUUCCACGUGACUUGCGCCCAGAAGGAAGGCCUGCUUUCGGAGGCAGCAGCAGAAGAGGAUAUAGCAGACCCAUUUUUUGCUUAUUGCAAGCAACAUGCAGAUAGGUUAGAUAGAAAGUGGAAGAGAAAAAACUACUUGGCUCUACAAUCCUACUGUAAAAUGUCUUUACAAGAAAGAGAGAAGCAGCUAUCACCAGAAGCACAGGCAAGGAUCAAUGCCCGGCUUCAGCAGUAUCGUGCCAAAGCAGAACUAGCUCGAUCUACCAGACCCCAGGCCUGGGUUCCAAGGGAAAAAUUGCCCAGACCACUCACUAGCAGUGCUUCAGCCAUUCGGAAACUGAUGCGGAAAGCAGAACUAAUGGGGAUCAGCACAGAUAUCUUUCCAGUGGACAAUUCAGAUACUAGUUCUAGUGUGGAUGGAAGGAGAAAGCAUAAGCAACCUGCUCUCACUGCUGAUUUUGUGAAUUAUUAUUUUGAGAGAAAUAUGCGUAUGAUUCAAAUUCAGGAAAACAUGGCUGAACAAAAGAAUAUAAAGGAUAAAUUAGAGAAUGAACAAGAAAAGCUUCAUGUGGAAUAUAAUAAGCUAUGUGAAUCUUUAGAAGAACUACAAAACCUGAAUGGGAAACUUCGAAGUGAAGGACAAGGAAUAUGGGCCUUACUAGGCAGAAUUACAGGACAGAAGUUGAACAUACCGGCAAUUUUGCGGGCACCCAAGGAGCGAAAACCAAGUAAGAAAGAAGGAGGCGCACAAAAGACAUCUAUUCUUCCUACAGUACUUUAUAGUUGUGGAAUUUGUAAGAAGAACCAUGAUCAGCAUCUUCUUUUGCUGUGUGAUACCUGUAAACUUCAUUACCAUCUUGGAUGUCUGGACCCUCCUCUUACAAGGAUGCCAAGAAAGACCAAAAACAGUUAUUGGCAGUGCUCAGAAUGUGACCAGGCUGGGAGCAGUGACAUGGAAGCAGAGAUGGCCAUGGAAACUUUACCAGAUGGGACCAAACGAUCAAGGAGGCAGAUUAAGGAACCAGUGAAAUUUGUUCCACAGGAUAUGCCUCCAGAACCCAAGAAGAUUCCAAUAAGAAACACGAGAACCAGAGGACGGAAACGAAGCUUCAUUCCUGAUGAAGAAAAACAUGAGGAGAGAGUUCCUAGAGAGAGAAGACAGAGGCAGUCUGUGUUACAGAAGAAGCCCAAGGCUGAAGAUUUACGAACUGAAUGUGCAACUUGCAAGGGAACUGGAGACAAUGAAAAUCUUGUCAGAUACCCUUCAUGAGACCCAACUCUGCCACAGCUCAUCCUCGGAGGCAAUCCUGGAAACCUCUUUUAUAAGUGUGAUUUUAAAAAUGUGGAUAACACUCUCAAUAGAGUACAUAAAGUAAAGGAGAACAGCUAUCUUGUCCUUCCCAUAAGCUUAUCACUGCAAAAAGUUGCCUUUGCUUGUCAGGUUUGGAUAGAAUGUAAUUGAUUGGUUUGUUACCUGGACUGACAAGGCAUUUAAUUUGCCUGUGUGGACUUUUUUUUCUAUUUUUUUUUUGCACUAAUCAGAAAUAUUUGAUAUGUGCAUUGUUGAAAAAUACUAGAUAAUGUCUUGUCAGAAUUGUCCUAUUAAGUAAUGUUUUUCCCUCUUGCUUCUUUGGCAAAUGAUGAUAUACAGUAUUUGGACUUACUGAAGAGCUAUGGAAGCCUAUGGGACUUAACUGCAAUGUGCUAUUACUGUUGUUGAUCACUACCAGUAACAAAUAAGAAAGACAAUGCAUUCCAUUAGUCUGCUAUUCUGCUUCAUCCAACUCAAUAUAUAUAUUCAUAUAUGAAAUGCUACAUUGAGAAACAAUUAUAGACUCUUACAUUAAACAUUAUUUCUAUUUAUCAUAUUCAGUAAGAGUGAAAGACUUGUAAAGCAUAUGUAUUCUAGUUUUGACUCAUUGUGUGAAAGCGCUGGUAUUAUUAGCAUGAAAUUUUUACAACUUCAGAUUUGAAGCUCCUAAGUAAGAGUAUGUCUGUGUUGAUCUCUAGAUAUUUUUUAGUAAUGCCCAAAUUUAUUCAGUCCUUAUUGACAUAAUACAAACUUUCUGUAUUCAGUAUAAUUUUAUUUUUUCAACCUUAAGGAUGAGGUUAAGAAAUAAGGAGAGAGAUACAAAGCUUAUUGACUAUACAAGUUGCCAGCUGAAAGAUCUUCAUCAACAUCUUUAUCUUUCCAGAAGUUUACAGAAUUAAAUUUUGAUCUUCAAGCUUUAAUGAUCGAGGUUUAAGGCAACUACAGAAAUUUGUUGAAUAUUUCAUCACUCCAUCUUGAACUGAUUUAGAAGAGACUCUUUGCUGAAAUUGAAAUGCACAUAUACAUGUAAAUUGUCAACUUGCUUCUUGGAAUUUCUUGAUCUAUAAAUGUGGUUUUGGACAUCU